CGCCGCCCCCUCGCAAUUGUGUAAAAACAAACGUAAACGUAAACGCAAAUGUAAAAAUCGAUAAACCACACGCAGCCAACGCAAACGCAGCAAAACGUGUCCCUGUCCAAAAAGACCCAAAAAAAAAAAAACCAAAAAAACAAAAGGCGAAACUACGGACCAAAGUUGACCAAAAAGUUGCCCCCAAGUGAGACACGACGACAACAACAACAACAACUACGGCUCCUCAAACCCGGAGAGUACGGAAAAAGCGCAGAAAUGUGUAAAGUGGCUGUGAAAUUUGAAGUAUCCUAACCCAAAACCGAAAACCAAAAACCGCAAACCAAUUUAUCAACGUAUUAUAUACAAGAGAAAAAACGCAAUAAAAUGCAAUUUACAAUUGGAAAUUGAAUUAUGAUCAAAUAAAAUCGAGAAAGCGAGCGAAGAGAGAGAGAGAAUGCCGAGCAAUAAACUCAAUAUAAGUCAACUCUAAACUCUAUUUAAUUUCGGCGAGCCAAUCUAUUUUUCACAUGCGUCAAAUAUUGCGAAAUAACAAGUGCAACAUUUCCUUUCCUUUCCACCAACAACAAAUAUUCCCUACGAAAAUCUUUGCUCGUACGAAACAAACAACUCGCUUCAGCACUUAACACUCUCAACUUGCCUAUAUCGACAACUGUUAACAGCUCAAUAGCUCAAUCACUCAAUCAAUCAGUCACUCAAUCUAAACACUGCUAUCAAAAUGCCGCGCUGCCUGAUUGCCAAAAAAUGGAAGGCAUAUCCCUGGCUGGAUCGAUCCGAGGAUAAUGCCACAACGACGACGACGACGACGACGAACACGAGCUCCCGGGAGGAGCAACUGUCGCCCAAUCUCAAGUCGCGUCGCUCCACGCUCGACGAUGACGAGGAGAUCGAUGUUGUUGGCGACAAGCUACUCACCAAGUCCGACAAGCAACGCACAAUUAUUGCCACAACAGCAACAGAAGCAACAGCAGAAGCAACAAACGACAGCACAACAACAACACCAACAGCAACAACAGCAACAACAACAACGGCAGCAGCAACAACAACAACAACGGCAAAGUGCUGGGGUCCCAGCUCACCAACGGCGGGCACCACGGCGCCAAGUCCGCCGCCGCAUUCGCCGGAGGCAGCAACGCGAGGAGCCACCAAUGUCUACAAUGGCUACACGCGUGAGCUGUCGCCGCUGCACUACACCGCGUACCUGCCCCGAAUGGAGAGCGAAAUAACGGUUAUACGAGCGGCAGCCACAGCGCUGGUGGCAGCAGCCGCCACAAAUGGAGCCGGGAGCGGGGAGCAGCAGCAGCAACAGCAGCAGCAGCAGCAUUUGGCCGCCUAUCAGACGCCGCCGUCGUCGACGACAUCGUCGCCGUCGUGCUCGCCGAGCGGCGCCGGGCAUGGCGAUAGAUACAGUCCCGGCAUGGUGCACAUUAAGACCGAGUCCGGCCAGACGUCCAGCGAGCGCAAAUGCUUCAGCAGCACGGGCGCGACGCUGUCGCUGCCGCCCAAAAAGAAGGACAUCUACAGGCCGUACUCGCUGGACGACAAGCCGGCGCACGGCUAUCGGAGGCGUGUGCCCGCCGAGGAGGACCUGCAUGCCGCGCACGCCAUACUCGAUCUGAGCGCCUCGACAGCCUUCCACCCGCCCACGCAGCCACACCAACUGCAGCAGCAACAGCAGCAGCAGCAGCAGCAGCAGCAGCAGCAGCUACAGCAGCAGCAGUUGGGCCACAUUCACACAGCUGCCCACUCCGCGCCGCUGCUGGAAGCGCAUGCGCAUGUGCGGAGCACGUCAUCGAUUGCCGAACUGGCUGCUGCAGCCAGCGCGGUUAACGAACAACGCCCCUUGAGCAAUGCCUCCAGCGCGAGCAGCAGCCAUCUGCCGCCCAGCAGCCCAGCCAGCAGCAGCAGCAGCAUAAACAGCAUCAGCAGCAACCACAGCAACCACAGCAGCAACAGCAGCAACAGCAGCCACAGCAGCAAUGUGCAGAACGAGAACAGCAACACGACCAACACGAAUCAGCUGCGUCCUGGCCAGGGUCUGAUUCUGGCUCAGGAAUGCGAUGCGGAUGCCGAUGGCGAUUUGGAUGGUGGGCAGGCGGCCAAAACCGUGGCGUACACCUACGAGGCCUUCUUUGUGAGCGAUGGCCGCUCCAAGCGCAAGCAUGUGGCCGAUCCCGCCGCGGUUGUGGUCCAGGAUCAGCAGAAAACCAAAUACACGUGCUCCGAGUGCGGCAAGCAAUAUGCCACAUCGAGCAAUCUGUCGCGCCACAAGCAGACGCAUCGCUCCCUCGACUCGCAGUCGGCCAAGAAGUGUCACACCUGCGGCAAGGCGUACGUCUCGAUGCCCGCCCUGGCCAUGCACGUGCUGACGCACAAGCUCUCGCACAGCUGCGGCGUUUGCGGCAAGCUAUUCUCGCGCCCCUGGCUGCUGCAGGGCCACCUGCGCUCCCACACCGGCGAGAAGCCCUAUGGCUGUGCGCAUUGCGGCAAGGCAUUUGCGGAUCGCUCCAAUCUGAGGGCGCACAUGCAGACGCACUCGGUGGACAAGAAUUUUGAGUGCAAGCGCUGCCACAAGACAUUCGCGCUCAAGUCGUACCUAAAUAAGCAUCUGGAAUCGGCCUGCCUCAAGGACGAGGAGGAGCUAAUGAUGGCCAUGUCCCUGCAUGGCCAUACCGACAGCAACAGCGAAAGCGGCGCCAGCCUGGCAUCGCCCCCACACGAGUUUCUCGAGCGUGUCAAGCUGGAGGCGCCAACCAAUGGAGGAGGAGUUGGAGGAGUUGGAGGCAUCGCCUAUGCCAUGUAAAUGUUGAGUAAGUGUGCAAAUGCAAUGCAAUGCUGGCUGGCCCUAGUUAAUUUACCGUUAAUGUUGAACACAAAACAAAAAGUUAUCGUUAUCGAUUACCGAUUACCGAUCGAUAGCCGUUAUCGUUAUCGAUUACCGAUCGAUAGCUGUUAUCGUUAUCGAACCGCUAGCAGUUUUUAUAUAAAAAAAGAAAAAAUACAUACUUGACAUCACAAUACGUCCAAAAAGCAAGUGUAGUAGAGUAACACAGAGACUGUAGAAAUUCGCAUUAGACACGUUAGGCAGCAAAUACCUUAAAAAGAAAAAUACAAAAACAAAAAAAAAAUAAUUAAAAUAAAUACAAAGGAGAAAACAAACUAAAAUACACUUAGCGAAACCUAAUCUCGUUCUUCUUCUAGUCUUAAGCGAGUUGAACAUUCCUAGCCCCAAAAGAACUCCAUACCCUACAUAUACCUAUACAUAUAUAUAUAUGUAUAUAUAUAUAUUUGACACACACACAUGAAAGCCUUUUGCAGGAGGUGCGAUCCGAAUGCAAUCCAAACCUGAACUUGAGCAAUUCUCUCUAGCGCUAUCUAUAUAUCUAUAUCUAACGAAAUACUUAUACCUAUAUAAUGAUGUAGCUCUAUCAAAACUCUUAGUCUUUAGCUCUCCCUCUCUCUAAACAAUCUUUAAUCCAAAAAAAAAAACAAAAAACUAAACAAAUGAAGACGAAGUGAUUAAAAUUAAUGCAACGAAUACAAAAAAGCAAAUGCAAUGUUUCUCAAACAACGAAUUAGGUCGUAAGGGCAGACUAUCUAUAAGCAGUUUAUAGUAGCGCCGCGUUUUUCACAACAACAUUUUCUAAACUAAGUCACAAAAAACAAAAACAUUUAAGCACGAAAUUAAUCAAAAAUUUGACAACGCAAAGCAAUAUCUACAAUAUACUAUUAUAGAAGAAUCAUCAGCAUUAUAAUUGGCACAUUUUUUGAAUCGAUUUCAUUAUUUGAUUUGAAGGCUAGAAUUACAUUGGAUGAGCAGAAAAGGAGGGCGGGGUGCAAACUGAAAACAGAUUUGUAUAUAUAUUAUUUGCAUUCAGUUUCGUGUCCCAUUAUUAUAAAAGUGAAGUCAAUUAACAUUCCCAGGCAAUUACCAGAAAAAAGAUACAUAAAUAUAUGCAUAGGAUGUAUUUAUGCAGAAGAAGGAAAUCUAGUCGCUGUAUAACAGCAGGUUUUUAUUUAAA